AUGGACGCCAGCUGCCAGUGCGGUUCCGUCACCUUCAAGACGCCUCUCGAGAAGCCGCUCGCGCUGUACAUAUGCCACUGCACAGAGUGCCGGAGGCAGACGUCCUCGGCCUUUGGGACGUCGGCCAUCUUCCCACGCUUCGCGCUGCCGGACGCCGAGCUGCUCAGCGUCUAUAAACGGCCCACCCACUCUGGGCAGACCCUCUACUGCUACUUCUGUAAAAAUUGUGGCACGAGGCUCAUCCACACCACACCUAACAAAAGAGUCGUCUCCGUAAAAGGAGGGUGCCUCGAGGGCUUGGACUGGGGCAAGGCGAUCCACAUCUGGACCAAGAGCGCUAUGAUACCUAUCCCAGAGGACGCAGAGUCCUACGAGGAGUCCCAGACGACCGGGUAUAGCGACUCACAGGAGACGCUGGACCAGCCGGGGAUGCUGGCCGGGUCGGGCGGCGUGCCCGGCGAGGACAUCCGCGAGACCCUGAUGCGCGAGAGGCAGGCCAAGAAGAGCAGCGAGCUCGAGGGGAUGUGUGGGAUAGAGAAGCUGGACGGGGACAUGGUGCGUGAUAUCGUGCACUGA